AUGGAGUUCCCUAUGAAGUGUGAUCAAAUCAAUGGCGUAGUUGUUAGUGGCGAGAGUCAGGCGCAGAGCUAUCGUAAGGACCGAGCUUCGAUCGUGGCCCCAGUUUCACGACCAGCUCGUUGGUCCCUCGUUGGGUCGAUUAUCGCCCUCUUUGUGCUGAGUUGGUGGAAUUUUCGGCCUGUCAGUCACCGCAACGAACUUAUCUCGGGUGCGGCCGUCGGCCCGCAUGUCAAGCACGCCCAGCAAGUAAUUAGACGGUACAAUCUUACAGUUGGGGCUCGAUGGCUGAAUCUAGAUGGUGGUUUUUGGAGAGGUUUCUAUGUUUGCAAUGGAGAGACACCAUGCCCAACCCUCUACGCCGAGGAAGGGGAUAUUGUUGAGUUGAACGUCCACAAUGAUCUGUUUGCUCAGGUGUCUAUCCAUUGGUCGGGAAUGAAUCAUCGAAAAUUCGGGUUUUGGAACGACGGAACUGGAGGCCUGAACCAAUAUGGACUCCUGCAACGAGGGAACUUCACCUCCCGUUAUGAUACCACAGGACAUUGGGGACUGAACUGGUAUGCCGACCAUACUGGCCUGGGGAUCAUGGACGGGGCCCACGGACUGACUUACGUCGCGCCGGCACCCGACCGCCCUCGUCCUUAUCACGAAAUAACUUCGUCGCCCACAGACUUAUCCCUCAUUCACGAGGCAGAACGGAAUGCACAACACAUGCUGGUGAUCGAAACCCACGGGAGACCUUGGAUUAUGCUCAAUAUUCUCAACAUUGGAUUCGAACAUGCCGUACACUUCAGCAUUGACGACCACAAGAUGUGGAUUGUUGCAAACGACGGCGGCUUCAUCAGGCCUAAGCUUGUCGACGUUCUCUACAUCACGAACGGCGCCCGCUACACUGUAUUGGUAAAGCUGGAUCAACCAGGCGACGACUACACGAUGCGGCUCGUAUCGACCAGCAAAUAUCAAAACCUCCAUGGGUAUUCGAUUCUGAGAUAUCCCGCGUUGCGCUACCCAGCUCAUGGGGCGCCGAUGGAAGUUCAGAAUCCACCAAGCGGCUCGCCGCCAUGUGUAAGACCCGAUGGCGUGGUCGCACCCUCAUGCAAAAUGGCGUCGACGGCAUCUAUGGCACCAUACGCGCUCGUUGCACCCCCAAAGGCUAAUCGCACUCUUCACUUCAAGAUUGACCAGCAGCCUUCGCGGUACGAGAGACACGUUACCGAAUUCUUUCUGAACCAGAAGCCUUGGCAACUGUACCACUCACAGAUGGGACCGCUGCUAUUCGUUGACAACGUCUCGGCCGUGGAGCCCCCCGUGGUGGGUGGUUUGCCGUGGGGAACCACAGUCGACGUGAUCGUCCAGAACACAGUCGACGAUGUGAUGCCACUCUACAAGCACGGCGACCCCAUGUUCCUUGUCGGUUCCCAGCCCAACGCAACCUGGAAAUGGGACACCGUGGAACAUGCGCUCGCAGCCGGAGUAAAGCACCUCAUCCGAGAUCCCCCUUUGCAGCUGGUUCAUGACGUGCCACCCCUGGGUUGGGCAGUACUCCGGUGGCAGAUUCGGGUCCGUGGGGCCACCAUGCUACACUCCAACAAGUUCAAAUACUACGCGAUGGGCAUGUCGGUACCCCUACUUGAGGGCAUGGAUUCAAGCAUGCGCGACGAGGUGCCAGAGCAUGUGAAGCACAUGCCGCAUGUUGAAUUCGCGCCGAAGAACGAUGGAGUGUUUGGUUAA